CGGCUCCGUCUUGGGAUUUCUCGUAUUGUUCCAUCCGCUCGCUCGCUCGCUCGCUCGCCGGGACUUGGGAUUCUUGUGUCGUUCCGGCAGCCUUAAGCUGUGAGGCUGAGAGCGUCGUCACGAUAUGGCGGAUCCCAAAUACGCCAACUUGCCGGGCAUUGCCAUGAAUGAACCCGACGUCUACGAGACGAACGAUCUUCCCGAGGAUGACCAGGCCCAGUUUGAGUCGGAGCUGGAGGAGCUGUGCAGCGAGAGCGUGGAGCGCAUCGUGGUCAACCCCAACGCCGCCUAUGACAGGUUCAAGGACAAGCGGGUCAGCACCAGGGGGCUCGAUUUCUCUGAUCGCAUCAGCAAAGCCCGGCGGAUCGGCUACGAGGCUGGCGACUUUGAAAUUCUCCCAGAAGGCUCCAGCGUGAAGGAGAGCCCUCAGCAGAAGUACCAGCGGCUGCUCGCCGAAAUCCAGGAGCUCACCGAGGAGGUGGAGCAGAUCCAGGUGCUCACCAAGGAGUCCUCGUCGGAGGAGAAGCUGACCCCGGUGGCUCUGGCCAAGCAGGCAGGUCUCCUCAAACAGCAGCUGGUGUCCUCCCACCUGGAGACGGUGCUGGGCCCGGACGCCGCCAUCAACCUGAGUGACCCAGAUGGGGCACUGGCCAAGCGUCUUCUCAGUCAGCUGCAGUCCGCCAAGAGCCAGAAAGCCAAGCAGGCCGAGUCGAAGCCCCCCAGCCGAAGUCCUGACGGUGCGGUGGUCUACGAGCUGCACAGCCGGCCAGGACAGGAGAAGUUCUCCGAGGUGGCCAAGGUUGCCGAGCUGGAGAAGAGACUGGCAGAGCUGGAAGCCGCGAUGGGCUCCGGACCGGAGAGAAUGAGCCCUCUGACCGCCGGACUUCAGGGAUCCAACAUUAUGGACACCAUCGAGGUCCUGCAGGCCAAAGUGGGCGCCUUGGACUGUGUGGCACUGGACCAGGUGGAGGCCCGACUCCAGUGCGUCCUUGGCAAGAUGAACGAGAUCGCCAAACACAAGGCGGCGCUAGAGGACACGGAGACCCAGAGCAAGAUCUCGCAGCUGUUUGAUGUCGUCCAGAAGUGGGACUCGAUGGCCGUGACCCUGCCACAGGUGGUGCAGCGGCUCGUGGCCCUGAAGGAGCUUCACGAACAAGCCAUGCAGUUCGGGCAGUUGCUGGCCCACCUGGACACAACCCAGCAGAUGAUCAAGAAUUCUCUGAAGGACAACGCAGCCCUGUUGGCACAGGUCCAGCACACAAUGAAGGAGAACCUGGUGGCCGUGGAGGACAACUUUGCCAGCCUGGAUACCCGGAUGAAGAAGCUAAGCCCCUAGCGCCAAAGGCAGCGGCCAGCCAGCCCAUGUGUGGGCAGCAGCAGCAGUGCCAGGCCUGCCCCAGCCAUGUCCUGUAGCAUCCCCUUCAAUAAAGCGCCUUGUGCCCGA